AUGUUGAGAAGAAUUGGAUUAUCGCGAAUCAUACAACGCCAAUUCACAGCUACGGCAUCACCUGCCGCAGACUAUUCACACGCCGUUGUUGGAGGUGGAGCAGUGGGCCUGGCAAUUGCAUCUGAGCUUACUAAAGUAGAAGGUAAUAGAGUGCUAUUGAUUGAAAAAAAUUCAGAUAUAGGUAUGGAAACAUCGAGCAGAAAUAGUGAAGUUAUCCACGCCGGUCUGUAUUAUCCAAUUGAUUCUUUGAAAACAAAACUAUGUAUCGAGGGUAAUAGAAUAAUUUACAAUGAAUUGAAUCCCAGAAAGACAGGUGUUGACUGGUCUAAGUGUGGCAAAUGGAUAGUUGCCCAAACUGACGCCGAUGAUGCCUAUCUAGAAAAUCUCUUCCUCAAGGCAAAAUAUGACCUUGAUCUGCCAGUUGAGAUGAUACCAUCUCAUAAAACGCAAUGGAUAGAGCCUGCAGUCAGGGUGGAAAGAAGUGCAUUGAGUUCACCAACUACAGGAAUUAUCGACUCUCACUCUCUUAUGACCUAUUUAACUACCAUUUUGGAGGAGAACAAUGGAGAUUUGGCUGUUGGAACACAAGUUAUUGGUAUGGAAUAUGUACCCAAAAUUGGUUAUAAAUUGAUGUGUCAGGAGACAGUUAACGACUCAGAUGAAAAAGUGGAGAUUAGCGUUGAUAACGUGAUUAAUGCAGCAGGGCUCUACGCUGACAAAAUUGCAAACAUGCUCCUACCCCCAGAACGUCACGUAAAACAAUACUACGGAAAGGGUAACUACUUCAAAUUAAAAAGUUCAUCUUUUCCUCCUGUUCGUCGACUAAUAUAUCCAGUGCCACCAAGGAAUGGAAAAUCUUUAGGCACUCAUCUGACAAUUGAUUUGAAUAAUCAAAUUAGAUUUGGACCUGACAUGGAGUAUGUCGAAAGUCCAACGGACUAUACAGUAAACUGUGCCAACAUAAAGCCAGCAUAUGAGGCAAUCUCCAGAUAUUAUCCGCACAUCCAACCUGACGAUUUGGAACCCUCUUAUAGCGGGAUUAGACCCAAGCUAGCAGCACCUGGUGAUAAAUGCUUCAAAGACUUCUAUAUCAAGGAAGAAGAAGGAUUUCCUGGUUUUGUGAAUUUACUUGGUAUUGAAAGUCCUGGUUUGACAUCGUGUAUUGCAAUUGGCAGAUACGUAAGAGAUUUGUACCACGGCUGA